CCUUGUGACCUGGUGCCCAAGUGAAAGCAUGGGCAACUGGAUCAUCGACCACGGGCCGUCGGCGCUCAUACUGCUUGUGUGGACGGGCAUCAACACGUUCCUCUUUGUGUAUUUCUACCUGUUCUAUGACCGAGGGGAUCGCUUCUUCUACACGCGCCACAUCAUAGGGUCGGCGCUGUCCUGGGCCCGAGCUCCGGCCGCCGUGCUCAACUUCAACUGCCUGCUUGUCCUGCUGCCCGUUUGCCGCAACUUGCUGUCCCUGCUGCGGGGGUCCUUCGUGUGUUGUGGAAGAUCUCUGAGAAAACAACUGGACAAAAAUCUCACUUUCCACAAGCUAGUGGGCUAUAUGAUUGGAUUAAUGACAGCUGUACACACUAUCGCCCAUUUGUUCAACGUUGAGUGGUUCACCCGAAGCCGACAGGGAGGGUUCGACAUUCUCAGCACUACCCUGUCCAGGCUUGGCGAAUUAGAAAAUGAAACGUACCUGAACCCAGUUCGCGACCCCAAUGCUACUCCAACCUACGUGGCAUUCACCACCAUCGGUGGGCUCACGGGAGUCAUCAUCACCCUGGCGCUCAUCCUCAUGAUCACCUCGUCUAUGGAGGUCAUCCGUCGCAGCUACUUUGAGGUGUUCUGGUACAUCCACCACCUGUUCAUCAUCUUCUUUGCUGGCCUGGUCAUCCACGGUGCUGGGCGCAUGGUGCGUAGUCAGACUCCUACCAACCCGCCACACAACUUUACCGUCUGCAAAGAUCAGCCACUGGAGUGGGGGAAGGUCCCGGAGUGCCCCAUUCCACAGUUUGCAGGAGGUUUUCCACAGACCUGGAUGUGGGUGAUUGGCCCGAUGUUCCUGUACCUCUGCGAGCGACUGCUACGCUUCAUCCGCUACUUGCAGUCUGUGACCUACAGGAAGAUCAUUAUGCGUCCGUCCAACGUGCUAGAGCUGCAGCUGGUCAAGCGGGGUUUCAAGAUGGAGGUGGGCCAGUAUAUCUUCAUGAACUGCCCUGCCAUCUCCCAGUUGGAAUGGCACCCGUUCACUAUGACAUCCGCCCCCGAGGAGGAUUUCUUCAGCGUGCACAUCCGCUCUGUUGGGGACUGGACUGAGAAACUCAUCAAAAUGCUAGAACAGCUCCCGGAGGGGGCUCAGGGACCAAAAAUGGCUGUGGAUGGACCAUUCGGCACGGCCAGCGAGGACGUGUUUGACUAUGAAGUCAGCGUGCUGGUUGGCUGUGGGAUUGGCGUGACGCCCUUCGCGUCCAUCCUGAAAUCCAUCUGGUACAAGUUCAAGCAGUCGAGCCCCAAGCUGCGGACAAAAAAGAUCUACUUCUACUGGUUAUGCAGGGAAACGCAUGCCUUCGAGUGGUUUGCAGACCUCCUGCAGGUGCUCGAGAAGGAGAUGGCAGGAAGGGGUAUGGAAGACUUCCUCACAUACAAUCUGUACCUCACAGGAUGGGACGAGAAUCACACUGCCCAUGUGACGGUUCACUUUGACAAAGACACUGACGUCGUCACGGGUCUCAAACAGAAGACCUACUACGGCAGGCCGAUCUGGGACAAGGAAUUUCAGGAGAUCCGCAAAGAGAAUCCCACGUCAGGGGUUGGCGUGUUCUUGUGUGGUCCAGAGACCCUGGCCAAGACUCUGGAGAAGAAAUGUGUGAAGUACUCGGAUGUGGAUCCUAGAAAGACGAAUUUUUACUUCAACAAGGAGAACUUCUAAGGAGAAACCUGGUUUUGUUAUUUAUAUCUGAAUACAGUUACACGUUGUGUGUUGAUGAAUUUGUGACCCAAGAUGUCCGUCAUCAUUAUAAGCAUUCUGUGGUUGUGAAAUUGUAGGCUCCAUUACUGUAACUUGUGCAGUUAGAAACUAGCUCUGCAUAAAUACAUUAGAAAGUUUUUUCUUUAAAAGUGCUUAUUACUAAAAGAAAAAAUUAGAUCAAUAUGAUUGUGUU